AUGUUGCGACCGGCGACCCCUCUCACGGUUUUGCUCUUGCUGGCAUUUCUCCUUCUUCUGGUCUCGGUGCUGUCCACGCCAAUUAUCAAACAAAUACCGCUGGCAUCUUUCAAAGGGGUGGAUUUUGGAGUAUUUGGUUUCUGCCGGAGCGAAGGAUGUAGUCCAAUUGAGAUUGGUUACAGUACCGAUACUCUUUUCACAGACUCUGAUUCCGCGACGUUCGAUUUGCCAAGCGCCACCAGAACUACUCUUUCAGCGAUAUUAAUCGUGCACCCCAUCGCUGCCCUCUUCACUCUGGUUAUGCUCAUUCUUGCUGGAUCGGCGCAUUUCCACGCUCCUUCGCACUCGCCCCGAUACCUCCUCGGAAUAUUCAUCUUGAGCAUUUUGACCCUGAUCUUAUCGCUACUCUCCUUCCUCAUCGAUGUCUUGCUAUUCGUGCCUCAUAUGGCAUGGGGGUCGUAUAUCGUUUUGGCCGCGACGAUUCUCAUAGCAGCCAGUGGAAUAGUGUCCUGUGCAAUGCGCCGUACAUUGGUUAGUCGGAAAGCGAGGAAGCGACGUAUUGCGGAAAACGCAGAAAUGAAUGGAGAGAAUUUCUACAAUCGACAAGGAGGAGUAAAUACGGCCGCGCCUGCUACCACGGAAAGCAAUACUUUAGUGAAUGGAGGACCUGGAGUCGAUAAAUUACCAGCUUUCGCAACAUUCGAGAUGACAAAACCAGGAGCAGAAAGAACAAGCGAUGAGCGCGUACCAUUGACAAAUAGAUCCCCCAUAGAAUCUUCAGCAAACAUUACGCCAGGUACUGGGUACGGGAAUGGUCCACCUCCGUCUAGUGGUAAUGGAAGUCCACCGCGACCUCACAGGGAUUUUGAUGAAUAUGGAAACCCAAUGCCAGCGCCAGUUCCAGCAGGUGCUUAUGGACAGGGAAGUCAAAGCAGAGACCCAUCUUUGAACAGGCAAUAUUCAGAUCAGUCUUCGAGAGGUAGAGGUAUGCCGCCAGGAGGCUACAGGGGUAGAGGAGGUUAUCCACCAAAUGGGAGAGGUGGAUACGGCCAACCAAGAGGUGGAUAUGGAGGACCUCCAAGAGGAGGUUAUGGACAGCCAAGGGGAGGAUAUACACCCAGAGGAAGAGGUGGACCACCACCAGGAUAUGGACCGCCUCAGAACGGACAGAAUUACAAUAGAAAUCAAUCACCUGCCGCAGGAUUUAGAGGACCUUCACCAGCGAGAGCUCCAGGCUAUGGAGAUAACAACUAUUCAGCGGCAAUUCCUAUGCAACCCGUUGACAACAGCACAUACGGCGCAGCAAUUCCAAUGCAGUCGGUUGGUUAUACACCUUUUAGACCAGAAGAGGAUCGAUCGAGUGUCGCACGUGCUGAAUCACCUCCACCAUUACCUGCAGGUGGAUUCGAUGCAGGUCCAGUCGGACAAGCCGUAGAAAUGGACGCCACUACUGGGAGUCCAUCUCAUGCACCAAGAGGAUACGGUAACUUUGGACCAAUUCGUGAGAGUGAUGGUGAUGUAGCUGGGAUGGUCAAUUUGCAGCAACAAUUACAGCAGCAGAGGGAUGGACAAGGCCGCCAGACCAUCGUCAGCGAAUCAAGUAGAUACAGCACAGAUGAGUAUGUUCCUCCACGACAAGUUUGGGGUCAAGGACCAGGAGGUCGAUCCUCACCUCUAAACCCAAAAGCUCAAACUGCUGAGCUUCCAAACACGGCUGUUGCUCCUGUGCCAGCGCCAAACAGACGAGAGAGCUCCGAUAAUUAUUAUGAAGACGUCGAUCCUCGUUUCGCAGACCCAGCACCACCACAACCCGCACCGGUGAUGGCUCCUGCAGCACCAGGGCCAAUGUAUGCCAAUACAUCUAAUCUACGCGUGCAACCACCACAGUCUCAACCACAGUCUCAACCACUUCUUGGUGGAGCAGACGGAAACUACUCUUACGAGGAUAUACAUUCCGGACAACGAAGUCCAGCGGAAUCUGAUCGAUCAAAUUUCACUUCAGUCUCACAGCGAGGAAUAAAUCCACGAUGGAACCCGAAUUCCACCUACGGACCACCAAUUCCAAUGCCAAAUAGACGACCAGCACCGCAACAAGUAAGAGAAGAUAUGUUACUCAACUCGAAUCCAGACUUCAUGUUGCCUGGGGGCGGGGGUCGUGGUCGAGGUGGCGCGAGAGGCGGACCAAGAGGAAGAGGCGGACCUCAAGCGACUGGUCGCCCUCCCGGACAGAUUCCGGGAAUGGUUCCUAACAGUGCAUACCCACAAACCGGUGGUCUUUAA